CACAGACGGAUACUGUUUCACGAUGAUAGAAGAAGAUGAUUCUGGGAUGCCUGUGGUCACUUCGGGGUGUCUAGGACUCGAAGGCUCCGAUUUUCAGUGUCGGGACACUCCCAUUCCUCAUCAGAGAAGAUCCAUUGAGUGCUGCACAGAGAGGAACGAAUGCAAUAAAGACCUGCACCCUACCCUGCCUCCACUGAAAGCCAGAGAUUUUGUGGAUGGACCUAUACACCACAAGGCCUUACUAAUAUCUGUGACUGUCUGUAGUCUGCUCUUAGUCUUCAUCAUUUUAUUCUGUUAUUUCAGGUAUAAAAGACAAGAAACCAGACCUCGGUACAGCAUUGGGCUAGAACAGGAUGAAACCUUCAUUCCCCCUGGAGAGUCCCUGAGGGACCUCAUUGAGCAGUCUCAGAGCUCAGGGAGUGGAUCAGGCCUCCCUCUGCUGGUUCAAAGGACAAUAGCUAAGCAGAUUCAGAUGGUGAAACAGAUUGGAAAAGGUCGCUAUGGGGAAGUUUGGAUGGGAAAGUGGCGUGGCGAAAAGGUAGCUGUGAAAGUGUUCUUCACCACAGAGGAAGCCAGCUGGUUCAGAGAGACAGAAAUAUAUCAGACAGUGUUGAUGAGGCAUGAAAACAUUCUGGGGUUCAUUGCUGCAGAUAUCAAAGGGACUGGGUCCUGGACCCAGUUGUACUUAAUCACAGACUAUCAUGAAAAUGGUUCCCUAUAUGAUUAUCUGAAGUCCACUACCCUGGACACGAAAUCAAUGUUGAAGUUAGCCUAUUCUUCCGUCAGUGGCUUGUGUCACUUACACACGGAGAUCUUUAGUACUCAAGGCAAACCGGCAAUUGCCCAUCGAGAUCUAAAGAGCAAAAACAUCCUGGUGAAGAAAAAUGGAACUUGCUGUAUAGCUGACCUGGGCCUGGCUGUUAAAUUCAUUAGCGACACAAAUGAAGUAGACAUUCCACCCAACACUCGCGUUGGCACCAAGCGCUACAUGCCCCCAGAAGUGUUGGACGAGAGCUUGAACAGAAAUCACUUCCAGUCGUACAUCAUGGCCGACAUGUACAGUUUUGGACUCAUCCUUUGGGAGGUUGCCAGGAGAUGUGUAUCAGGAGGUAUAGUGGAAGAAUACCAGCUUCCCUAUCAUGACCUGGUGCCCAGUGACCCCUCCUAUGAGGACAUGAGAGAGAUCGUGUGCAUCAAGAAGUUACGGCCCUCAUUCCCCAACCGCUGGAGUAGUGAUGAGUGUCUGAGGCAGAUGGGGAAACUCAUGACAGAGUGCUGGGCUCACAACCCUGCGUCGAGGCUGACAGCCCUGCGUGUUAAGAAAACGCUUGCCAAAAUGUCAGAGUCCCAGGACAUCAAACUUUGAUCGGAGGGAAAAGGACACAUCUCUGCAGAAAGCCAGUAGAUACUCCUCUGUUUGUGGUCAGGACAAAAGAUGUUAAAGAAGUACUCGUCGUACAGCCUUGAGCAGCGUCCUCCUUCCCAGGGGUUCGGACCUCACUUCUCAGGGAGCACCCUGGACAAAGACAGAGAUGUUCCCAGAAGCGCAGGUUCAUCGUGUCUGUUUAUAAGAGGGAGAAACCGCUUGGGUAACUUGUUCAAGAUACGGUGCAUGUUGCUUUCUAAGAAAGCCCUGGAUUUUGGGAUUGCCUUUUUUUUUUUUUUUUUAAGAUGCUUUAAUUUUGCCAAAAUAAAACAAAUAAUGUAGAUGUCUUAAGGUUUAUAGUAUUAUAGUUGAAAUAAUAACUACAGGAGUUCUUCCCAGAAACAAAGCUAGAAGGUAAAUUAAAAUAUGGUUGCUCUCUACAAACCAAAAGAUGGUCUGUGAAGUUGGAGAAGGUAGAAUAGAACUUACCAAAACACUUCUCCCUGCUUGGCCUCUGCUGACCACUCGGCCAGCUCUGUGUCUGAGGCUGCCACAGCACUGUGAGUGCACCUGGGCACAGUACCCCUGUCUGGGACACAGUUUGGAACUCCCACGGGUGGCCUUUUGCAGCCUCAGACAUUGUGGAACAAAUGAAGGUUUUACGUGGCUCUGAUAGAAGUAAGUGUUGACAGGUGUUUUUCAGAACCACAUGGUGUUUCUGGUUGUGUUAGGCGUGUCUUUCAAGGUAGAAUCCCUUGCUUUUCAUUAAACACAAACAAAGCCUUUUCAUGUGCAGAGAACUGACCUGUGCAUGCUUUUGAUCUCUCAAAUCAAAGGAUCGAUAUUAAAUAAAAUGGCCAUGAGUUGUGUUGAAGGCCAAGUGCUUUACAGCAGAGAAAAUAUUCUCUUGCAUGGUAAGAAACACGUGCAAGGUAGAGGAGGAGGGUGAGGAUGCAGAUGGCUCAUUUCAGAUCUCCAGGAGAAGCCAGUUUCUGAAGCACAAGCCAAAAUUAGGCACACCUUAUUUAGGGUAGUUAGAGAUGCUUCCUUUCUGUUGGGAUCUGCUUUUUGGCUUUGUUUCGUGUAUCUGAGUUAAGGCAUGGAGAAGAAACAGCUGUCGGGUUAAUGUAACUAAUUUUAAAAUAGAUAAAUGUCACCUCCUGAUGGGACAGCAGAAGAUCAUUAGCGGAGGCCACAAAGAAGUUUGGCUGCUGCGAUCCUAGAAUAGAUCCCGAUCAAGAAUUUCCUGCGUUAAGUGGUCAUUUCACACCUUGGGAUUGCUGACUAAAUUUAUUUUAUUCUUACGGUGUUCAACUCACUGUUUAAUUUAUUUUUUUCCCCUCUGUGGCACUUGUGCAAAACAUCUCUUCACCUUUUUCCUGUGGGGUUUUAACUUUUGAACAAAAUGAUGCAGUCAUCAACAGGGCCAAUAUUCCUUAGCAGCAGGCUUAUAGUAAAGCUAAAAACUGAACAUCUCCUUCUCAACUUUCCUCGUGUACAUUUCCUUACUGUGGUUUUCUUCUGCUUCUUAGAAAUUCUGUCACCGCGGUGAGUAAGAAUUUGGAAGUACUUCCCCCUUGGCCUUUCGAAAAAAGACAUUCCUUCCAGAAUACUCCAGGGGGCAGUGUUUCAUAACACAUUUUCUCCACUGGCUGACGGAAGGAUGGAGGAUUUUUGAAAAUUUGACAGCUACAUGAAAAAUGAGAAAAUAUUUUCCUAACUCCUGAAGUAGGACUGCAGCUGGUGACUUGUUCAUCCAGAAGACAUCCUAGGGCAGUGAGUGUGUGAGAGCUGUGCUUACAGCGGGGGAAAUCAGAAGGAGAAAUGUCAUUCUUGGUUCCUCAUCCAAUUCCCAGUGCUUUCUAGCAACCUUUUGUUUGCAGCUGAGGAAAAAGAAUUUCUUAAUCCUUGAAUUGGGAAAAAAAUUUAAAAAAGUUCUUUUUUUUUUAAUUAAAAAUAGUCGAUUCGAUUCCCAGUGUUAAUCUGACCAGAAUGCUGCUCUUACUAAUAAUUAUAAUAGCAGUGAGAUCGUUUCAUUCUCUCGUGUUAGAUUAUUGGGUUGUUGGGAAAGUCAUGGUGCAUUUUAGCAUAGCAAAACAUAGAAAAACACAUCAUGAUUUUCCCGACGACCUGAUACGUUCUUUGGGAUUGCUUAGAAGAGGAAGAGGUGGUUCGAGCUAAGUGUGGUGAACAUCUGAGCCUUGAGAAACUUCAGUGCCUCUCAUCAGCUCAUCCGCGAGCGAACACAUAAACAUGUAUGCCAGUUUGUGUUUGUGUUUCUUGUAUUUCUCCUCAAUUUAAGCAAGAUUGGGCUUCCCUCUUAGAGCAGAUAGUGUUUUAUUUUUGGUAAAUUCUUGAGAAUGGAUACCUUCCAACCAGAAUAUUUUGUGGAGAGGCGAUGGUUGGGAAGUGAACUGGAUUUCUAGGCAGGUGUUGGUUACAAUGACGAAUGGCAGGAAAUGAAAAUAACCUUCAAAUGUCCUCUAUGUUAUCUGUUUGGUUGCUUUGGAAACAGUCCACGGCUUAUUUUCCAAUCCCUAACUUGAUUGAUUCACUAGCAACACUUAAAAUUACUCUGAGAUACCUAAAAAGACCCACUUAGCUAUUACAGUGUUUCAGUGAGACCAGUUUUUU